AUGACGGCAACGAGCAAUGGAGCGCUCGUUGCCAUGAUUGAGAAACUGCAGCAGCAAAUGCGUGGGAUGGCACUCCAGCUCGAGCAUGCAACACCAUCCGUAAGCGGCAUAAGUAUGCGCUCAGCACCACCGUCGUCUAAGAAGUCGAAGGAUAAGGACGCGAAACUUGAGUACUUCCGAAAGAAGUACGAGCACGCCUUACAAACACAGACGCUAAUCAACGGCUCAACGUGGACAGACGAUUUCAAGGCGUUGUUCGUGGUCAAGGACAGGCAACUCACUGGAGCAUCAGCAAACGCCGUUGAAGUCGCCACUAACAACUUCGACUACAUCGGCGACUCUGAUCACGGUGGCGAAAUGCUGCGGACGCUGAGUGAUCGCAACCUUUUGGUCGGGUUUGGCGCCUACAUAUUUGCCAAGGUAGCAGACGGUACCGUAAUCACAGCCACCCAGAAAGGAAUCCCGAAAACGUUCCUCUUGACAAAUGUAUACCAUUUUCUGGGUGCCUGCUUCAGUCCGUAUAGGACACUUUGCCAUUAUGGCGGUUUCUAA